GAUGAAGCAGGGUCUUCUAAAAGAAUAUGCUCUUCAUCUUCCAGGAGUUAUUAGCUGUAAUAUCGUUGCUGGUUAGCGGGGCUGUGGCGGAGCCCCCGGCGCCGUAUGCUCCCAGUGGAUGGAAGCCUGAUGGACCAGCCUUUAUCCUUCCGCAAAGAGGACAAAACCAGCAACCUGCGCAAUACCUUCCACCUUCAGCGUCCUUAGACCCUCGUUACCCCAACCCCAGCGUGGAAUAUGGUACUCCUCAAGAAGAAGAAGACGUCUCUGUCCAGGGUCUACCGCCUCAAAGGGAGGAAGUUCCUUUCUUCCAAAGGUCUCCAGUGAAUGGAAAACAAAACGUUGGACCUGGUUUCAAUUCUGAUCUCCAGAAUUUGGACCAAGGAUUGAAACAGACACAGUUCCAGGAACAGCAACAGCGCUACCGUGAAUUCGAGAGGCAACAGCAAAGAGAUGCCCAAUUCAACGCUGCCAACCGUCUGCCAAGACCACAAAUCCCCGCCCAAUUUGCUCCAAGAACCACCACUUCUACCACAGAACAGCCAACAACUGAAGCUUCCACUGAGGCAUCAACUACAGAACUAAACUUAAACGAAGGCGAGACUUUGGAAUCUUCAGACAAAGAUGCUAAAGUAUCCGUAGAAGUAGCAAAACAGAAGAUACAAGAAUAUCCUGGUGAACUGUUCCUAAGUUCUUUGGCCCAGCUUCAGUUUCAACCACAGUUUGUUCCUAUCCAGCAGUUUGGUCAGCUUAGAGCUCCAUUAAUCCUUCAAUCAGUUCAAUCUCAAUCACAAAAGCAAGUCGCUGGUUUCGAUGCUCAAACACAUUUUGCGGCUCUGCCUUCAAUUUUAGCUCAGCAGCAAUUACAGCAGCAGAAACUUGAGCAAGGUUAUCAAAAUCCUGCUGUUUUUGUUGCCGAACAACCUCAAGCUCAAAUUCAGCCCGUCACCGCUUAUCAGCAGCCUCAAUUCCAAGCUGAGCCUAUUGCAGUCCAACCCGCUCAAGCAGUACAGCCUCAGGGUUUCUACGCACAACCGAAUGUGGAACCUGUAGCUCAAUACCAGCCUGUGAAUGCUUUCCCUCAACAAUUACAGCCUGCCCCUCAAUUUACUGCUCAGCCUGUAGUAUUGCAGCCUCAAGGUGUAAACCAGUUGCAACCAGCUCCAUUCCAACCUCAACAACCAGCUCAGUUCCAACCUCAACAACCAGCUCAGUUCCAACCUCAACAGCUUGAUCAAUAUCAGCCACAGACUGUUCAAUUCCAACCUCAACCAGCGCAAUUCCAGCCUCAACAACCAGCUCAGUUCCAACCUCAACAGCCAGAUCAAUAUCAACCACAGACUGUUCAAUUUCAACCUCAGCCAGCGCAAUUCCAGCCUCAACCAGCUCAAUUCCAACCACAGCCUGCCCAAUUCCAGCCACAACCUGCUCAAUUUCAACCUAGUCAACCUCAACCCCAACCGGACCAAGAAAACCAAGAUGCUGAAAGCAACGACAACAAUAAUUACCAACCCCAACUUUAUCAGCAGCCAUUCCUAGUUCCAGCGAAUCAAUACCAAGCUCAAUACCAACCUCAACCAGGUUACAUUCAGGCUCAACUGAUAAACUACCCAGGGCAAGAUGUCAAUCAAUUCCAGCAGCAAUUAUUCCAAGGUCAACUGGAGCCACAGAACCAGUAUCCUCAGAGCCAAAGUCCAGAUGCUCUCCAGAGUGGUUUGGAUGUGAACCAGCAAGGAAAUGAUAUUGAAGAACCUCAGGAGCAAGAAGAAGAACAAGACGAAGGAAACAAGGCUACAGCAGUGGCUACAGCCUUUGGAACAAGAACUCAACCCCGAGUGCAACCUAAGUACGGCGCUCCUCGCCCAGUUCCCCGAGUACAGGCGGCUCCUAGAACCGUGACCACCACUGAAUCCACCGCUGAGGAGGUGACGGAAGACGGUCCUGUCGUUGCGCAAGCAGUAGCCAUUGCUGAUGGAAACAGGAAGAAGAGUGCCAAACUGAGGAGUCGUCGUGUUCGUCCAGUCUUCACCCUGGACCGUUCUGGACACUUAGUAUUGGCACAAGGACAGUAAACUAACCGAAUAAAAAACGAACAAAUCUUUUUAAGAGCUAUCGUGCCUAAAAUAGCCGGUAGAGGCGCUAUUGUCGAUGUGUCGAAUAAGGCAAAGUGUUAGUAGACCAGACUUAAAUCGAUAGUAGCGC